UUGAUAAUUAACCCCUGUUUUUGUUGUUCCGAAGGACGAAGAUCCAUUUCCCUCGUCGAUGCAGGCUCUCACCAGCCACUCGUUCAAGCUAUUCUCACCGCUCCUUUCUUCCACUUCUCAUCGAUUUCCUUACUCGACCCGCUCUUCCCCUAGACCGAGCUCAGGCCGUGCCUCCAUGGAACGGUCUGGCCCGGAUUUCCCCUACCUCCCGCCGGCCCAUCGUGCCCUAAUACUCAACCUCCUCGCCACCGUGGACGACCGCCUCGGCUCAGAUCUCCUCCCUUCCGCGGUUCCUUCCGACGUUAUCCGCUUACAAAAUCCCCAGGGCUCUGCCCACGGUUCCGUCGACAUCCGCACCGGCUCCCAAACUUCCCCGGUCGAUUUCGUCCUUCAAUCCUGGCUCCACUGCCAAACCCCCGGCGGCGGCGAGAUCAACAUCGCCACCCUCUUCGCCUUUCUCAACUCCUCUACUGACGCUCCCCACUUCCUCCUCGAGCUAAUCCAGGGCAGCCCCACUUCCCUUGUCCUUCUCUUGGACCUCCUUCCCCGCAAAGACCUCGUCCUCCACCCCGAUUACCUUGACGAAUUCUACCACCAGACAGAUCUGGAUGGCCCAAGGCGAGAUCUUGAGAAGCUCCCGCAGGCAUCACCGUACCGCUCUUCAUCCCUCUUCAUCCGCAGCGUUCUCUCACCGACGGCCAUCGCCAUCACCGUCGAUUGUGGGAAGGAGGGGGAUGUGAAAGCCAUGGAGGAUAUCGUAGCCCGAGAGAUCGGCAGCGCUGCUGAGAAGAUCAUUAGGAUUUGGUUGGAAAAGAGCGCGGAGGUGAGGGGGCGGGUGGUGGGGGAAGGGGAGAAAGAGUUUUUGGAGAGCAGGGAUGGAUUGAUAAAGAGGAAGGCUGUGGAGAUUGAUUUGGCGGCAAAUUUGCCGAGGAUGUUUGGCCCGGAGGUCGCGCAGCGGGUGGUGGCUGAGAUACAGAAGGCGUUUAGAGUAUAAUCACUUCGAGUCUUCGUGUAGGAUGAUAGUUUGGGUAGCUGCAGAGCUGUGAGAUGCCACUGCUAUAAGCAAUUGCUUAGUUCUGGUUUGUAUUAUGCUCAAAUUUAAAUGUUAAAUUAUUUUAAUUUUUAAUAAUUUUUUGUUGUAUCUCAUAA